GUACUAGUUGGGAGACACAGACCCAGGAUUUGGCAGUUAUGCAGGGCUGACAGCAAAUAUACACUUUUCCCACUUGGAGUCCAUAAACAGAUAACAUUUGGGGACCCCCGUGCCUCACCAUAAAUAUUUUAUAUUUAUGCCCAGUAUUAACAGGCUCCUUAGAAUUUUGUAGAGUUUUAUUACUCUGUCCCUGGGUAUCUGCCCUGUUCUGAUAUACCAACCUUGCAACUGAAUUUAAUGUAAUACAUAGCAAUAUUUUUUCCUUUUACAGAGGGGGGGGGGGCAACAAGGUACAUGGUAUUAAAUAAUAAUGAAUAAUAAUAUUUGAUUGCUAAAUGUUUCCUAUAGCAAGGGGGUAGGGGUGAACACUGGGCAAUCUGCAUCUGGACAGUGAUCUUAUGUGCUAUGUAUUCACUCUCACUGUACCAAUGCUCAUUUUUGAUUGGCUGCUAUGAGGUACUAUAUUGUAUAAACGGAGGGCCAGUACCUGCUGGGAAUGACACAAAGCUUGAGUUUAGGGUAAAAUGACCAGAUCUCUGCCUUCCUCUGUAUUUUAUAGGAAAUAUUAAGUGCUACAUGCAUUAUCCCUGAAGCUAAUUUGUCAAUUUAUUCCUUUUCCUAUACAGAUUGCUACAGUGUGCGGAUUGCUUAUUUUUUUUAGCAAUAUAUCAGCGAUUUUUGGAUGGUUAUUUUUCUGGCAUCUCCUUAAUUCAGAUUUUUACAUUCGUCUGUGAACACAUAUAAGGAGAGCCACAAUCUAAAGAGGGAGACCCUCCGGGGUACCCCGGCCUUGUGCCGGCCCCUGUAUUUUAGCCAAAAGCCAAAACAUCUCAGGCUUUUGGUUUUUUUUUUUGUGCUCAUCUUCUGUCAUCUGAAGGAUUUAAGAGCAGAAAGAGUGAUGGGUUGCAAACUCUGCAAAUCGUGUGAUGUUAAGAACUGUAUUGGAUCUUCAGACUCUAUGUAUCCUGUUGUGGAGAUACAUGAAAUCCAUGAUCUAUUUGAGUCACCAGCAGAGUUUGUUGCUUCUGUGAAUUCGCUCGAGCCCCUGGUAGAGACAAUUUUUUUGGAUUCUCCACAAACAUCCAAAUCCAGUGAAAAGGACCCUGGUUCUUCCCAUGAGACGGGAGAAAUCAUUCCUUUCAAGGAGCAUGAGAGCUCCAAACCAGGAGAGACCAGGGAGAAUGAUACGGAGGAGAUCCCUGAGAUGACAUCUGUAUUGGAUUCACCUGAAGUACCCGAGACUCCUGAAAACGAGGAGAGUAGAUCUGAGCCAGCAGAGAACACAGUGGGCACCAUCAUUCCCACCACUUCCAGUGUUCCAUCAGCUGUAAGUAGAUCCUUUGCAGAUGAUGAUGAGAUGAUAAUGUCAUGUGUCAUUUUUGUAGAUUCUCCAGAAACAUCCAAAUCUGGUGAAAAGGACCCUGGUUCUUCCCAUGAGAUGGGAGAAGUCAUUCCUUUCAAGGAGCAUGAGAGCUCCAAACCAGGAGAGACCAGGGAGAAUGAUACGGAGGAGAUCCCUGAGAUGACAUCUGUAUUGGAUUCUCCUGAAGUACCUGAGACUCCUGAAAAUGAGGAGGAGGAAGGUAGAUCUGAGCCAGCAGAGAACACAGUGGGCACCAUCAUUCCCACCACUUCCAGUGUUCCAUCAGCUACUCAGGAAGCUGAGAAUGUCACAGAGACAAAUGCUGAGCUACAGAGCGCUGACAGAGUUGAUCCCAGAUGUCCAAUGACUAUUGAGACUUUCAACUUGGGAAAAGUAUUGGGUGAAGGCACUUUUGGAAAGGUGUUCCUGGCUGAGAACAAGGUGACAAAGCAACUGUGCGCCAUAAAAACCCUGAAAAAGCAGAGGAUUAUUGCAUCAAACAGUUUCAACAGUGUCUUCAAGGAGAAGAGAAUACUCCAGAGGGUUACCAGUAUAGAACACCCAUUUCUGGUUUCCCUUUAUGGCACGUUCCAGACUGAAUAUCACCUCUUUUUUGCCAUGGAGUAUCUUCCCGGUGGCGACCUCUUUUCUCUGCUAGCGAAGCAUGGUGAAUUUGAGGAAUCCUGUGCUAUGUUUUACACUGCCUGUGUGGUACUAGGCCUUGAAGAAUUACAUCGGAACAAUAUUCUUCAUAGAGAUCUAAAACCAGAGAAUCUGAUGGUUGACCGAGACGGAUAUCUGAAAAUUGUUGAUUAUGGCCUGAGCAAAGAUGCAUUUGGAAUUGGAGAUCGCACUAGGACCAUGUGUGGAACAAGCUAUUACCUGGCCCCAGAGAUCGUUAUGAGGAAGUCAUACGACAGGGCUGCUGACUGGUGGGCCCUUGGGGUUGUAAUAUAUGUGAUGCUUACGUACCAGUUCCCAUUUGAUGGAGAAACGAAUAAAGAAUUGUAUGAAAGCAUCAUAUAUGACGAAGUCGAACUAUACGAGGGAUUCUCAGAACAAGCUUGCGACCUAAUUAAAAAUCUGUUGGAAAAAGAUGCUGAAUAUCGCCUCGGGUCCUAUGAGGAUGGUGCUGAAACAGUUAAAGGACACGACUUCUUUCAGGAUAUUAACUGGAAUGAACUGCUGGAAAAGAAAGUAGAGCCUCCAUUUGUGCCACGUGGUAAAGGCUUUACACAGGGCCCUGAGCAAACCGAAUGCCAAGCCUGGAUAUUAACAACAUCGUCUACAGAAAUAUCCACAGAACAGCAAGCGGCAUUCGAGGGAUUUGACUUUUACUGAGAUACAGACAAGGGGCAAAUAUGUGACUGGAAAGGGCGGGAGGAGGGCCAGUCCAUAUACACAGAAAAAAAGCCCCAGUGGGAGGAAGUGAACAUCAGAUGCCCCACAUCAGCAAGUUCUAAAUCAAGAGUUGAAUGCAAGAUCUGCCGUAUCUGUACUGUACCAGAUAAACGAGAAGGGCAGCUGUAAGGAACCAACAGGCCUAGGACAAAGAUUUCAUUGGUGGGACCCCUCUUCCACAAGACAUUGUGGGCUUUUGAUGUCGCGGCACAUCCUUUCUUCAAAGUAAGUAAAAGUAAGUCCAACAAGGAAUAACAGACAUCAUCUUGCCAGUCUAAUGAUGUAAAAGAACAAGAAACCAACACAGCCUGGAACAUGGAAGGCAGGAUAAAGGGAUCAAGUUAGUGGCUGCUCCACAAAUUUAGUGUUUCUCCUUUUCCAGGUCUACAGACAUCAACCUGCCAGCAACCGGGAACUGGACUUUUGCCAAUGCCCCCUACAGAGUGGCACAUUUUUGAGGCAGUAGGCUGCCAUUAUGUACAUAUUGUUAAAUAAGAACAUCCCCUCACCAGUUAUCACCCUUACCUACUCCUUUUCGACAAUUUUUCUUGUAAUCAGUUAACUAGUACAUGGUUGAAUACACAUAAGCACAUUUAUGCCGCUCAGUAGACCCUGCAUUCCUUUUCAUGCCAUCCCUCAGACUGUAGAAGCCGGGUUCUGCAGGCUGCCUGGGGGGUCUAAUGGAAUGAAGAGGAAUGCAGCAUUCACCUAGCAGCUUAACGGUGCUCAUGUAUAUGCUCCCAUAUUCCCCUUUGCUUCUUUUCCUUCUACCACAAUUCCACCAGUGGUGCCUCCCUUUUUAUU